AUGAAUGAGCUAUUGGUGGAUAAAGAUUGGAGUUUAUGUCUUCAAACCCUUGAGGGGUAUAACGCAUCCUAUGACAAGACUGCCAAAAUCUGGGAUCCGGUCACCGGUCUGUGUGAGUUAACCCUCGAGGGGCAUAACGGUCUGGUCUUCUCGAUUGCCUGGUUGCUAGAUAGAAUGUGA